CUGCGGCCCGGCUGGGAAGAGGCGGCGCUGCGCUCGCCAUGGCCGCCGCGGUACGGCUCUGAGCGGCGUCCACCCCCGCGGUCCCGGGCCGCCCGGGCCAUGCGGCCUCCGCCGCUGUGGCUGCUGUCGCUGCUGCUCGGUGGCCUCGGCGCCGCUGCGCCCCAGCCAGACCCCGUUCCCCAGCUUGCUGCCCCUCAGCACCUGGAGCUUCACCUGUACAAUGACGAGCAGAUUCUCAGUUGGGAGCCGUCACCCCCCAGCAACGACACGAGACCAGUGGUCUACCAGGUGGAGUAUAAAUACAGUACAGGUUCUUGGAACACGUUCAAAGGGGUGAAUUGUACGGACAUCACAGUGACCAAGUGUGACUUCACAGGAGGUGGCCGAUUGAAGGGUUUCCCAGGCUUAUACAGUGUUCUCUUGCGAGUUCGAGCCAGGCAAGGGGAGCGCACUUCCGACUGGGUCACCUCGACUAAGUUUCAACGCUACUGUAAUGUUACUGUUGGGCCUCCGAAAAACAUCUCAGUGACCCCAGGAAAAGGCUCCCUCACCCUCCACUUCUCCCCUCCCUUCGAUGUGGCGAGGGAGGCAGUGUUUGAGUAUCGCGUCCGUUACUGGGAAAAAGCAGGGGCCCAGCAGGUGAGAGGUCCUUUCAAGAAGAACUCCAUUGUAUUGGAUAAUUUGAAGCCGUUGAGAGUAUACUGUUUACAAACCGAGGCACAGCUGAUUGUGAGAGAGAAAAAUAUCUGUCGACCUGGGCUUUCGUUAAGCAACGUAUCUUGCCAUGAAACAGCAGCGGAGGCCUCCACCAGUCUGUGUGCCAUCCUGAUCUCCAUGGGGAUCUUUUCAUUGCUGCUGGCGCUGACAGGGGCCUGCCGCUUCCUGUUCCGCAAAUACCAAAGCCGGGCGAAAUACUGGUUUCAAGCUCCACCAAACAUCCCGGAACAGAUAAAGGAGUAUCUAAAGGACCCAGAUCAACCCAUCUUAGAAGCCUUGGACAAGGACAGUUUCCCAAAGGAUGAUGCCUGGGACUCUGUGUCAAUCAUUUCCUCUCCAGAAAAGGAGCAAGAUGAUGUGCUCCAAACACUAUGAGCCAGGGAGGACGAUGAUGAGGCCAUUCUGCCUGGACUCUGCAGGGACCACCAAUGCCCCAAGGACUUCUGCCUCAGGGAGGCCGAAAGGCCUGGGGAAGACGGUGUAUUGUUUAUUUUUUAUGAGUUUUCUGGAUCAUACAAGUAUCUAAAAGGAUUCCACAGAAAAAUAUCUCAGGGAAAAAAAAGGGUUUCUCUUAACACUAAAAAGGCAUAUGAUCACUUACUGUUAGCUGCCCUGGUGGCGAGAGACUGGGGCCCUCCCUUCACUUUGGGAAUGGUUGUCCCGGCCAUCCCAGCCUGUCACAAAGAGGGUCCCGUCAUGUCUCCUUCAUGUCCAGUGUGAUGGCUUAGUGUUUGCCUAGCAUGGACAUGGUCCACCCCUGCACCUCACACAUAGCAGUGAUUAAUCCUGUAAAUAGUGCCGUGAUAAUUUAAGUCAGGUUUUUUAAAGCUAGAAAUAAAGGAUUGUAUACUGAA